GUGCUGCCCCUGCUCUGGCCCGCCUUCAAAGACGUGGUGCACCACUGCCCGCGGUGCCUCAACGUGAUCACGCGGAAGUCUCGGAUAAGCGUGCCGACCUUCCGCUCGGAGGUCAUGUCCUUCAAGGUGGGGAGCUGCGCGGUGGUGCUGGCGCGCAAGUACGUGGCCAUCCUGCUCGGUCUUGUGCUGCUCAUCGUGGCCGCAUGCGUUCUGCGAUCCACCGUGGGGCUGAACACCACAGUCCGG